AUGUUGCUGCUCCCGAGUGAAAAAGCGAGCGUAGAAGAUCGCGACCUCGGCCUGGGGUUUGCACCACUUAUGGACGGCACCAUCCGGACCAGUGAUCCCAAGGGAAUACGCGAGGCCGCUGCUGUGGAGGCAAAGCAAGCCGAGGAGGCACUUCGUGGGCUCAUGCGUGCCAGCAAGGUAAACAAGUUGAAGGAAGUCCGCGCAGCCGCAGACCGGAGCACGCUGAACAAGAAACGGUACACCUUGUGGGAAGCAGCAAUGCGUGAGCUUAUUACGGAAGCGAAACAGGAUCGUCGCAAGAGCGGUUCCGGUGGUGCUGCGGGAGGUUAUGGCGCGGUAUCACGUGCGCCUCAGAGCAUUGACACAUCUCCCUCUAAGACGACUAAGAGCACUGCGGCAGCGUUGCGGGAGGAGAUUGCUGACCAGAGCAUGAUGGUGAACGCGGAGAAGAUGUUCCACCGCAAAGAGAUUCCGCGCAAGGCGCGCAAAAUUGUUUAG